UCCGCCUCUCUCUCUCUCUGUCUCUCUCUCUCCCCCUCUUUCUCUCUCUCUGUCUCUCGUUCCCUGUCUCUCUCCCUCUCUCGCUCGCCUUCUCUCUCUCUCUCUCUCUCCCUCUCUCUCUCCCUCUCCCGCUCGCGAAUCUCGCGGGGACGCGCACGGAGUUGAGUUCCCUCACAAGCGAGCCGAGCGCGGCCGAGGUGAGAUCGUGCUGCUCCGUGGGAGCUGUCCAACGUGUCGUGCUGCUUACACUCCGCCUCUUCUUCAUCCUCCUCCUCACGUGACACUUCCACCGUGGAUUAAACCACUUCCAUUUCCUCCCCCUCGUGGACUCUUCACCCAGCGUCCAAUCUACGGAGAUUAUCACCGGCACCGGACUGCGUGUUUCUCUGCGCGUGGAUUUAUUUCUCCGGUGGAUUCCCCCGUGCGUGCGCACGCAGCGGCGAUGGCGACUGCAAGAUGGUGGCGAUACACGGCCUUCUUGAUGGCGGCGGUGGCGGCACUGGGCGCCGACGGGAAGCCCGCCGAUGAGGGGUUGUUGUCGCCGCCCUAUCAGCCCGUCUUGAGAAUCAGACAUAAGGAUGGAAUCCCUGGCAGCUUAAGGAUGAAGGGUAUGCCGGGCCACGCCAACCCGUGCCAGCUCAAGUACUGCGGCCCCGGCCGUCGCUGCACCGUCAACCAGGCCACAGGCCGGGGAGAUUGCGGCUGCCCGGACCGCUGCAAGGAGCGCUACAAGCCAGUGUGCGGCUCAGACGGGAAGCUCUACUCCAACCACUGCCAGCUGCACCGCGCCGCCUGCUCGCAGCGCCGCCGGAUCGCCAUCGUGCACAGCCAGGACUGCUUCUACAAAGAUGACAACUGCGGGCUGAGCGACUUCCGCAGGCUGAAAGUGGAGACCCUGGAGCUGUACGAAAAACUGUACCGGGGGUCAAAGGUCCACGGCGCCCACCGGGACAACAUGACCGCCAGGAAGCAACUGGCGGACGAAAUGUUCAAAGGCUUCGACGCAGACGGCGACGCUCACAUCUCCGCGGCGGAACUUUCCCAGGUCGUCACGCACCGGAGUCUGACCGAGAACGUGGGCGAGUGUUCGUUGUUCGAUCUGCUCAAAUACAGCGACGAGGACGACGACGAGCGCCUGACGACGGAGGAAUUUUACACCGCCUUUGACGUGUACCUGUUGGACCUCCCGGACCACCAAAAGGUGGCGCUGAAAACGGUGACCGUGGGCCAGAGCGUGGUGCUGACAUGCGCCAUCACGGGCCCACGCAGGCCGCCGAUACUGUGGAGCAGGAACCGACAGAACCUCAACGCCUUGAACCUCGAGGACAUCAAUGACUUUGGCGACGACGGCUCCCUGUACUUCACCAAGGUGACCACCAGCCACGCGGGCAACUACACCUGCCACGCCGACGGCUACGCCGCGCUCUCCCAGACGCACACGCUGCACGUCCACGUGCCCCCCGUCAUCCGGGUGUACCCAGAGAGCCAAGCCAGGGAGCCGGGCGUCACCGCCAGCCUGCGCUGCCACGCUGAGGGCAUCCCACGCCCCCUGCUGGCCUGGCUGAAGAACGGCAUGGACAUCACACCCAAGCUGUCCAAGCAGCUCAGCCUGCAAGCUAACGGCAGCGAGGUGCACAUCAGCAACGUGCGCUUCGAAGACACCGGCGCCUACACCUGUGUCGCCAAGAGCGAGGCGGGCGUGGACGAGGACAUCUCAUCGCUGUUCGUGGAGGACUCGGCGCGCAAAACCCUGGCCAACAUCUUGUGGCGGGAAGAAGGGCUGGGCAUCGGAAACAUGUUCUACGUGUUCUACGAGGACGGCAUCAAAGUCAUGGAGCCCGUGGCCUGUGAGAUCCAGCGCCAUAUAAAACCCAGCGAGAAGCUCCUGGCCCUGCAGGAGGAGUUGUGUCCUGUCUCAGAAGAUGACAUCAUCCAGCAGUGUGUGUGGUCCUCAGCGGUCAACGUUAAAGACAAAUUUAUUUAUGCCACACAGCCGACCUUGGAUCGAGUGCUCAUUGUGGACAUCCAGUCCCAGAAGGCUAUUCAGACGGUCAGCACCGACCCUUACCCUGUGAAGCUGCACUACGACAAGCCCCGGGACCAGGUGUGGGUCCUCAGCUGGGGGGACCGGCAGAAGAACUACCCCACCCUGCAGGUGAUCAGUCAGGCCAGUGGGAAAGUCUCCCAUCACGCCGUCCACACGCAGCCGGUGGGGCGACGCGUGGACCGAGUGGACGACUUCUUCAUCCCCCCGUCCGGCCUCAUCGCCAUCCACGUCAGAUUCGGUCUCAUCUUUCACCGAAAUGAGCCUGUCCUCCACAAGAUGGACCUGGAGACGCUGGCCUACGUGCGAAACAUCAGCCUGCGGGAUUUCAACUGCGUGCCCAAGUCCGCGGCCUACACCCACCUGGGCGGGUACUACUUUGUCGACUGCCAGCCCGACUCCACCGGCGCCGCUCGGCCUCAGAUCAUCGUGGACGGGGUGACGGACGCCGUGGUCGGCCAGAACGGCGACGUCACCGGGACGCCCUACGUGUCCCCGGACGGCCGCUACCUGGUCACCGUGGACGACGGCAACGGGCUGAUGAGGAUCCAGACCGUCUCGGAGCGAGGGGACGUCGGGGCGCCGUACGACAUCCACACCAACCUUCACAUCUCCGACCUGGCCUUCCAGCGCUCCUUCACCGAGGCGCAGCGGUACAACGUGUUCGGGAGCUCCGGCCGACAGACCGACGUUCUGUUCGUGGAGCUCAGCAGCGGCAAAGUGAAGAUGAUCAAGAGCUUGAAGGAUCCCAUCAAGGCGUACGAGUGGCCGUGGAGCAGCAAGAACCGGGUGGUACUCGGCGGCGGCGUCUUCGGCCAGUACCUCAUGACCCCGUCCAGGGAGUCCCUCUUCAUCCUGGACGGGCGGCUCAACAAGCUCAACUGUGAGAUCACCGGCGUCGCCAAGGGCAACGUGCUGGCCUGGGUGGGGGAGUCUUAGAUCCCCAACCAGUUUUUCUUUCCCCUGAGAACGUACCGUUGCACUGAAUUUGCCGUCAUCACCGAUUUUUAGGAAUUGCUGGGGAUCGAAAAACCAGAAACAAAGCAAAUAAACCUGGGAAAUUUUGUUAGAUGCAAAUAUAAACGGAAUGCAAAGAUUUGCAAAGAUUUUCAACCCGUAUUCAGUUGAAUAUGCUACAAACUAGUGCCACCCACACUGGUUUAAAUGUAACUUAGAUAUUGGGUUUCACUAUGUAAAGCGCUUCGAGUCACUAGAGAAAAGCGCUAUAUAAAUAUAAUUCACUUCACUUCACAGUCCGGUACACAGUCUGGUCCGCGGUCUGGUCCGCGGUCUGGUCCGCGGUCUGGUCUUAUCUGGUCCAUAGUCUGCUGUGAUGAUGUUCCGGAACACACUUUUGCUCCAACAGAAGUGGACUCAAGUGGUCCAAGAACCAAUAAUAGGUGUUCUCCUGUUGCAUCAUUCUAUAUGGGCGGUUGGUAGAGCGGCCGUACAAGCAACUUGAGGGUUGCAGGUUCGAUUCCCGCUCCCGCCAUCCUAGUCACUGCCGUUGUGUCCUUGGGCAAGACACUUUACCCACCUGCUCCCAGUGCCACCCACACUGGUUUGAAUGUAACUUAGAUAUUGGGUUUCACUAUGUAAAGCGCUUCGAGUCUCUAGAGAAAAGCGCUAUAUAAAUAUAAUUCACUUCACUUCACAGUCUGGUCUACAGUCUGGUCCGCAGUCUGGUACACAGUCUGGUCCGCAGUCUGGUACACAGUCUGGUCCGCAGUCUGGUCCGCCGUCUGGUCCGCAGUCUGGUCCGCCGUCUGGUCCGCAGUCUGGUCCACAGUCUGGUCUACAGUUUGGUCUUAUCUGGUCCGUAGUCUGCUGUGAUGAUGUUCCGGAACAAACUUUUGCUCCAACAGAAGUGGACUCAAGUGGUCCAAGAACCAAUAAUAGGUGUUCUCCUGUUGCAUCAUUUUACAUGGCCCGCCACAUUUUAUAUGGGCGGCAUAAGUAAAGCGGCCGUACCAGCAACUUGAGGGUUGCAGGUUCGAUUCCCGCUUCCGCCAUCCUAGUCACUGCCUUGUGUCCUUGGGCAAGACACUUUACCCACCUGCUCCCAGUGCCACCCACACUGGUUUAAAUGUAACUUAGAUAUUGGGUUUCACUAUGUAAAGCGCUUUGAGUCACUAGAGAAAAGCGCUAUAUAAAUAUAAUUCACUUCACUUCACAGUCUGGUACACAGUCUGGUCCAAAGUCUGGUCCGCAGUCUGGUCCGCGAUCUGGUCCACAGUCUGGUCCGUAGUCUGCUGUGAUGAUGUUCCGGAACACACUUUUGCUCCAACAGAAGUGGACUCAAGUGGUCCAAGAACCAAUAAUAGGUGUUCUCCUGUUGCAUCAUUUUACAUGGCCCGCCACAUUUUAUAUGGGCGGUUGGUAGAGCGGCCGUACCAGCAACUUCAGGGUUGCAGGUUCGAUUCCCGCUUCCGCCAUGCUAGUUACUGCCGUUGUGUCCUCGGGCAAGACACUUUACCCACCUGCUCCCAGUGCCACCCACACUGGUUUAAAUGUAACUUAGAUAUUGGGUUUCACUAUGUAAAGCGCUUUGAGUCACUAGAGAAAAGCGCUAUAUAAAUAUAAUUCACUUCACUUCACAGUCUGGUACACAGUCUGGUCCGCGGUCUGGUCCGCGGUCUGGUCCGCCGUCUGGUCCGCCGUCUGGUCCGCCGUCUGGUCCGCCGUUUUGUCCGCCGUCUGGUCCACAGUCUGGUCCACAGUUUGGUCUUAUCUGGUCCAUAGUCUGCUGUGAUGAUGUUCCGGAACACACUUUUGCUCCAACAGAAGUGGACUCAAGUGGUCCAAGAACCAAUAAUAGGUGUUCUCCUGUUGCAUCAUUUUACAUGGCCCGCCACAUUUUAUAUGGGCGGUUGGUAGAGCGGCCGUGCCAGCAACUUGAGGGUUGCAGGUUCGAUUCCCGCUUCCGCCAUCCUAGUCACUGCCGUUGUGUCCUCGGGCAAGACAUUUUACCCACCUGCUCCCAGUGCCACCCACACUGGUUUAAAUGUAACUUAGAUAUUAGGUUUCACUAUGUAAAGCGCUUUGAGUCACUAGAGAAAAGCGCUAUACAAAUAUAAUGCACUUCACUUCACAGUCUGGUACACAGUCUGGUCUACAGUCUGGUCCAAAGUCUGGUCCGCAGUCUUUGUCCGCAGUCUGGUCCGCAGUCUGGUCAACAGUCUGGUCCGCAGUCUGGUCCGCAGUCUUUGUCCGCAGUCUGGUCCGCAGUCUGGUCCGCAGUCUGGUCCAUAGUCUGGUCCACAGUCUGAUCCACAGUUUGGUCUUAUCUGGUCCGUAGUCUGCUGUGAUGAUGUUCCGGAACACACUUUUGCUCCAACAGAAGUGGACUCAAGUGGUCCAAGAACCAAUAAUAGGUGUUCUCAUCUUGCAUCAUUUUACAUGGCCCGCCACAUUUUAUAUGGGCGGUUGGUAGAGCGGCUGUACAAGCAACUUGAGGGUUGCAGGUUCGAUUCCCGCUUCCGCCAUCCUAGUCACUGCCGUUGUGUCCUCGGGCAAGACACUUUACCCACCUGCUCCCAGUGCCACCCACACUGGUUUAAAUAUAACUUAGAUAUUGGGUUUCACUAUGUAAAGCGCUUCAAGUCACUAGAGAAAAGCGCUAUAUAAAUAUAAUUCACUUCACUUCACAGUCUGGUACACAGUCUGGUCUACAGUCUGGUCUACAGUCUGGUCUACAGUCUGGUCCGCAGUCUUUGUCCGCAGUCUGGUCCAAAGUCUGGUCCAAAGUCUGGUCCAAAGUCUGGUCCGCAGUCUGGUCCACAGUCUGGUCCACAGUCUGGUCUUAUCUGGUCCGUAGUCUGCUGUGAUGAUGUUCUGGAACACACUUUUGCUCCAACAGAAGUGGACUCAAGUGGUCCAAGAACCAAUAACAGGUGUUCUCCUGUUGCAUCAUUUUACAUGGCCCGCCACAUUUUAUAUUGGCGGCAUAGCUCGGUUGGUAGAGCGGCCGUGCCAGCAACUUGAGGGUUGCAGGUUCGAUUCCCGCUUCCGCCAUCCUAGUCACUGCCGUUGUGUCCUCGGGCAAGACACUUUACCCACCUGCUCCCAGUGCCACCCACACUGGUUCAAAUGUAAAAAUUAGAUAUUGCUUAUCACUAUUUAAAGCGCUUUGAGUCACUAGAGAAAAGCGCUAUAUAAAUAUAAUUCACUUCACUUGCCAAAGACAACAUAUUUUAUGUUCAAACUGAUAAAAAUAAAUAUUGUUUUGCAUCCAUCCAUCCAUCUUCUUCCGCUUAUCCGAGGUCGGGUUGCGGGGGCAACAACCUAAGCAGGGAAACCCAGACUUCCCUCUCCCCAGCCACUUCGUCCAGCUCUUCCCGGGGGAUCCCGAGGCGUUCCCAGGCCAGCCGGGAGACAUAGUCCUCCCAACGUGUCCUGGGUCUUCCCCGUGGCCUCCUACCAUUUGGACGUGCCCUAAACACCUCCCUCGGGAGGCGUUCGGGUGGCAUCCUGACCAGAUCUGGCUCCUCUCGAUGUGGAGCAGCAGCGGCUUUACUCCCAUGUGCUCUCUGGCAAACUUCAGAUGGGCCUGGACAUGCACUGGCUUAAGCAGGGGGACACGUCUGGCACUGCAGGAUUUGAUUCCCUGUCGACGUAGUGUGUUACUGAUGGUAACCUUCCAUCCAUCUUCUUCCGCUUAUCCGAAGUCGGGUCGCGGGGGCAACAACCUAAGCAGGGAAACCCAGACUUUCCUCUCCCCAGCCACUUCGUCUAGCUCUUCCCGGGGGAUCCCGAGGCGUUCCCAGGCCAGCCGGGAGACUUAGUCUUCCCAACGUGUCCUGGGCCUCUUACCGGUUGGCCAUGCCCUAAACACCUCCCUCGGGAGGCGUUCGGGUGGCUUCCUGACCAGAUGCCCGAACCACCUCAUCUGGCUCCUCUCGAUGUGAAGGAGCAGCCGCUUUAUUUUGAGUUCCUCCCGGAUGGCAGAGCUUCUCACCCUAUCUCUAAGGGAGAGCCCCGCCACACGGCGGCGGAGGAAACUCAUUUCGGCCGCUUGUACCCGUGAUCUUAUCCUUUCGGUCAUGACCCAAAGCUCAUGACCAUAGGUGAGGAUGGGAACGUAGAUCGACCGGUAAAUUGAGAGCUUUGCCUUCCGGCUCAGCUCCUUCUUCCCCACAACGGAUCGGUACAACGUCCGCAUUACUGAAGACGCCGCACCGAUCCGCCUGUCGAUCUCACGAUCCACUCUUCCCUCACUCGUGAACAAGACUCCUAGGUACUUGAACUCCUCCACUUGGGGCAGGGUCUCCUCCCCAACCCGGAGAUGGCACUCCACCCUUGUCCGGGAGAGAACCAUGGACUCGGACUUGGAGUUGCUGAUUCUCAAUCCGGCCGCUUCACACUCGACUGCGAACCGAUCCAGCGAGAGCUGAAGAUCCCGGCCAGAUGAAGCGAUCAGGACCACAUCAUCUGCAAAAAGCAGAGACCUAAUCCCGCGGCCACCAAACCGGAACCCCUCAACACCUAGAAAUUAUGUCCAUAAAAGUUAUGAACAAAAUCGUUUUGCAAAUAAUCAUUAACUUUAGAAUUUAGUGCAUCCCGAACGAGUCUGAGUCCAUAAGAAGUUGGGAAAGUUGGCAGUGAAUACAGAUUAAGUUGAGGAAUGCUCAUCAAACACUUAUUCGGAACAUCCCACAGGUGUGCAGGCUAAUUGGGAACAGGUGGGUGCCAUGCAAGACAAUGCCAAGCCACAUUCAGCACGUGUUACAACAGCGUGGCUUCCUUAAAAAAAGAGUGGUGGUACUUCCAGUCCAGACCUGUCUCCCAUCGAAAAUGUGUGGCGCUUUAUGAAGCGUAAAAUACGACAGUGGAGACCCCGGACUGUUGAACGACUGAAGCUCUACAUAAAACAAGAAUGGGAAAGAAUUCCAGUUUUCAAAGCUUCAACAAUUAUUUUCCUCAGUUCCCAAACGUUUAUUGGGUGUUGUUAAAAGAAAAGGUGAUGUAACACAGUGGUGAACAUGCCCUUUCCCAACUACUUUGGCACGUGUUGCAGCCAUGAAAUUCUAAAUUAAUUAUUUGCAAGAAAAUAUAAAAAAAAUGUAUAAGUUUGAACAUUAAAUAUCUUUUUUUGUAAUGCAUUCUUCCAGUCCAGACCUGUCUCAAAUCGAAAAUGUGUGGCGCAUUUUGAAGUUUAAAAUACGACAGCGGAGACCCCGGACUGUUGGACUGAAGCUCUACAUAAAACAAGAAUAGGAAAGAAUUCCUCUUUCCAAAGCUUCAACAAUUAUUUUCCUCAGUUCCCAAACGUUUAUUGAGUGUUGUUAAAAGAAAAGGUGAUGUAACACAGUGGUGAACAUGCCCUUUCCCAACUACUUUGGCACGUGUUGCAGCCAUGAAAUUCUAAGUUAAUUAUUUUCAAAAAAAUAUAAAAAAAAUGUUAUAAAUUUGAACAUUAAAUAUCUUGUCUUUGUAGUGCAUUCUUCCAGUCCAGACCAGUCUCAAAUCAAAAAUGUGUGACGCAUUUUGAAGUUUAAAAUACGACAGCGGAGACCCCGGACUGUUGGACUGAAGCUCCACAUAAAACAAGAACGGGAAAGAAUUCCACUUUCCAAAGCUUCAACAAUUAUUUUCCUCAGUUCCCAAACGUUUAUUAAGUGUUGUUAAAAGAAAAGGUGAUGUAACACAGUGGUGAACAUGCCCUUUCCCAACUACUUCGGCACGUGUUGCAGCCAUGAAAUUCUAAGUUGAUUAUUUGCAAAAAAAUGUUAUAAGUUUGAACAUUAAAUAUCUUUUUUUGUAGUGCAUUCAACUGAAUAUGGGUUGAAAAUUAUUUGCAAAUCAUUGUAUUCCGUUUAUAUUUACAUCUAACACAAUUUCCCAACUCCUAUGGAAACGGGGUUUGUACAUCAAAUGUAGAUCAGGAUCGUCUUUCUCGGCGUCAACCCUCCCAAACUUUCCUUCCCGUGCCUUCAAGCUGAAAUCCUCCUCCUUCAGAGGAAUUAACGUGAUGAUCCCCCCGUGCGCCCAUCGACCCGCCCGUUAACAUCGCGGCAGACGGGCUGCUCCUCUCUACCCCGCUGAUUAAAGGCAGCCCGUGGCGUGAUCCCAUCCAGUCAGAAGUGGCGCCCGGGAGCUUCAUUACGAACGGGCGCUCUCCAACCUUUAAUCCCCAAUUAUUAAAGCAGCGCCGGGGAAGUUUUCCUUUCUGACCCCGAAGCUGAAAAAUCAAAGCCGACUCGUUAUUCCACUUUAAUGAAAUUUGGGAUCCGAAAUAAAACCUCGUAGAGUAGGUAGGUCUGGGUUACUUCUUGCCCCAUCCCUGUGAGAAUCCUGCCUGUGACUAAAACAUUAACCCUCAUAAGUGAUACAUACAUUUUUUAGCCUUCUCCAUCAGUAUAUAAAUAUUUUUUUCUUAAAAAGCCUGAAGUAUGAAAUCAGAUGCAUGCAUUAAACCAGGGGUCCCCAAACUUUUUGAACCGGGGGCCACAUUGGGUUUAUAUAUAUAUAUAUAUAUAUAUAUAUAUAUAUAUAUUCCUCAGAGGGAAUUUUAAGCUGCUGGUCACCCCCAAAUUAUUUUGAUGACACAUAAGCCAAUUUUAAAUGAAUCCCAGACAGAAUAGGUAUUUUGACAUUUUAUUCCAAAGCUUUGGAGAGGCCAAUCUAUGAACAACACAUUCAAAUCGCAUCACCCAAGUUGAUCUGAAAACAUUACGGAAGUCUUGCCUUUUUCACUACGCCACUAAACAUAUACAUAUAUAU